AGGCCCGUGUUGGUUCUUCAGAAUGACUCUCUCUACUCCCAGAGACGUCCUUACACCAGUGAGGAUGAGGCCUGGAAAACCUUCCUUGAAAAUCCCCUUACGGCAGCUACCAAAGCUAUGAUGAGCAUCAAUGGUGACGAAGACAGCGCGGCUGCCCUCGGACUGCUGUAUGAUUACUACAAGGUUCCAAGGGAGAGGAGAACUUCAACAGCUAAACCAGAGGUAGAACAUCCUGACCAAGACCAUAGCAAAAGGAACAGCAUCCCAAAUGUGACAGAACAGUCGCUCGUUUCUGCUGGAGAAAACAGAGUCCAGGUUCUGAAAAAUGUGCCUUUCAACAUUGUCCUUCCACACACGCCCCAGAUGGGCAUGGACAAGAGAGGCCACCUUACGACCCCCGACACGACAGUCACCGUUUCGAUUGCCACGAUGCCCACCCAUUCCAUCAAAACGGAGACGCAGCCCCACGGCUUUGCGGUGGGCAUCCCGCCGAGCAUCUACCACCCCGAGCCCCCCGAGCGGGUGGUGGUCUUCGACAGGAACCUCAACCCCGACCAGUUCAGUUCCAGCACCCAGCCUCAGAACUCCCAGAGGCGAACACCGGACUCCACCUUCUCCGAGACUUUCAAGGAGGGCGUGCAAGAGGUUUUCUUUCCUACUGAACUGAAUCUGCGGAUGGCCAACAUGAAUUCAGAAGAUUAUGUUUUUGACAGCAUUUCUGGGAAUAACUUUGAGUACACUCUGGAAGCCUCCAAGUCCCUCCGACAGAAGCCUGGGGACAGCACGAUGACUUACCUGAAUAAAGGUCAAUUUUACCCAAUCACGCUGAAAGAAGUCAGCAGCAGCGAAGGAAUCCAUCACCCCAUCAGUAAAGUCCGAAGUGUCAUCAUGGUCGUGUUUGCUGAAGACAAAACCAGAGAAGAUCAGCUCAGGCACUGGAAAUACUGGCACUCAAGACAGCACACAGCCAAACAAAGAUGCAUUGACAUAGCUGACUACAAGGAGAGCUUCAACACCAUCAGUAACAUUGAGGAGAUUGCAUACAACGCCAUAUCCUUCACUUGGGACAUCAAUGAGGAAGCAAAG